UGACAACUCACAUAUGCACAGACAAGAAGCAUCGUACGCAUUCGUUUGUAGCGAAACCACACACAUCCACUCCUACACACACCGACACUCAAUUUAUACAUAUAAUCAUACAUCAGAUAAUGUUUCACCAUCAUAGCAUACUCUAAAGUCUAAAGGUACGUAACAGUUCGAUGACAUUAGCUCUUUUUGUUCUUUUGACUAGCAACACUAUACCUUUAAUUUCCUGAAACCUUUAAUGGCGUCUUCAUCUUCAUCAUCUGCUAUACCAACUAGAAUAUGGACACAUGAUGUAUUCCUAAGCUUUAGGGGAGAAGACACUCGCAACAGCUUUGUAGAUCAUCUUUAUACGGCUCUAGAUCAAAGAGGAAUAAACAUGUUCAAAGACGAUCUGGCGCUCGAUAAAGGGAAACCGAUCUCCAGGGAGCUGCUGAAAGCCAUUGAAGAAUCGAGGUUUGCUGUGGUUGUUUUCUCUAAAAACUAUGCGGACUCUUCAUGGUGUUUGGAUGAGCUUGUCAAAAUCAUGGAAUGCCAAGAUCAGAUGGGACAGAUGGUGUUACCGGUGUUCUAUCACACAGAUCCAUCCGAUGUGCGUGGAGUGAAAAGAGACUUCCACACUGCCUUUCAGAAACACCAGGGCAGGUUUAAAGGAGAUAUGGAUAGAGUGAACAAGUGGAGGAAAGCUUUAGCUGCAGCUGCUGGUUUAUCUGGCUGGCAUAUCAAGGAAACAGGCAAUUAUCAGGGAGAAUCUGCCAUCGUCAUCGAGAUUGUGGAAAAGAUCUUAUAUGGUACACGACCAUGUGAUAUGGAGAAAAAUUUUAAUUGGUAUCAAGUCUCGUAUAGAGGAAUUAUAUUCAUUAUUGUGUAUGGAAGCAGCAAAAAAGGUGCGCUUUAUAGGGAUAUUGGGAAUGGGAGGAAUUGGUCGCCAUGA